UAUUUGGAUUUGCACUUUUCCUUGGAUGAACUCAGACAUGUUAAUAACUCAGAAUGGGACUUUUGGAUGUGUUUAAUUUGAGCUCGGUGAAUGUGAGCAGGUGUGUAUUCUGCACUUUCUGGACUGUGAAUGAAUAGAAGGAAGAGUUGCUUCCCUUGAGCGAGUGUGUCAACACCAUGAGAAGCUGAGCAGAGCAUGGAGACCCUCGCUGCUGUCCCCGGCUCGUUGAGCUCAGGUGGAUGCUGAUCCCGACCCGGAAUGUUCUGACCUCCUGUGGAAUCUGGCUCUCAUGGAAACGGGCAGGCAGGCCCACGCGCAGCAUUUUCGUCCCUUCUUGGAUGUAGCUUGGUGAACCCGAUCGCCCUUCGCCAGAGGAGCCGCAAGACGGAAAGAGAAGUGUUCCGGAAAGGAGGACAUUUAAAAGAUUAAAGUGAUCAGCAGGACCUUAAAAGGCAGACUCGGAGAGACAUCUUCUAAAAGAACGAAAUCCCUGAAAGGUUCCUGCUCUCUGACUCGACUCAGAAACUGAGCAGAACUUCAUACCUGAAUCACGACAUCGGCGGCGGACAUCAGGAAUCAUUUUAAUCGCUCAAGAUGAUGACCAUGAUGAUGAUGAUGGUGGCCACCAUGGUGACCUGCAGCUCCCUCUUCCUGCUGGGCUUGGCCGCCGCCCACGCCUCUUCCAACACCAUGAGCCGCACUUCAUCCUCACCUUCAUCCUCCUCCUCUUCCUCCUCCUCGCCACGCAUGAAGCUUUCAUACAAAGAGCUGCAGCAGUUUCACGGAGUGCGGCGGUUCGAUCUGGAGCGAUCCUGCUGCUUCAGCGCCCUGCUGCUGGAUGAAGAGCGAGGAAGACUCUUCGUGGGGGCCAAGAACUUCCUGCUGUCGCUCUCGUUGGACAACAUCGCCAAGCAGGAGCACAAGAUUUACUGGCCUGCCCCUGUUGACUGGAGGGAGGAGUGCAACUGGGCUGGCAAGGACAUCACGUCUGACUGUGUGAACUACGUGAAGAUCGUGCACCAUUACAAUCGCACUCACUUAUACGCCUGCGGAACCGGAGCCUUCCACCCGACCUGUGCCUUCGUGGAGGUGGGACACAGGAUGGAGGACCACGUGUUCAGGAUUGAUCCCUCCAAGGUGGAGGACGGGAAGGGGAAGAGUCCAUAUGACCCUCGGCAUAAUGCUGCCUCUGUACUUGUGGGGGAUGAGCUGUACGCAGGCGUGGCCACCGACCUGAUGGGACGGGACUUCACCAUCUUCAGGAGUUUAGGGAAACGUCCCUCCAUUCGAACUGAGCAGCAUGAUUCCCGCUGGCUCAAUGAACCGAAGUUCAUCGGUUCCUUUUGGGUCCCUGAGAGCGAGAACCCCGAUGACGACAAGGUCUUCUUCUUCUUCCGGGAAACAGCGGUCGAAGCUCAGGGUUUGGGAAAGUCGACCUAUUCACGGAUCGGACAGCUGUGCAGGAAUGACAUGGGCGGACAGCGGAGCCUGGUGAACAAAUGGACAACCUUCCUCAAGACCCGCCUGAUCUGCUCGGUCCCGGGAGCCGAUGGCAGCGACACAUACUUUGAUGAACUCCGCGAUGUGUUCCUGCUGCAGACGAGAGACAGGAAAAAUCCUCUGGUCUACACUGUCUUCUCUACUUCCAGCAGUGUAUUUAAAGGCUCAGCUGUGUGUCUCUACUCAAUGAAUGACAUCCGGAGGGCCUUCCUGGGGCCCUUUGCUCACAAAGAGGGGCCCAACUACCAGUGGGUCCCCUUCCAGGGAAAAGUCCCCUAUCCCCGCCCAGGAAUGUGUCCCAGCAAGACGUUCGGCAGCUUUGAGUCCACGAAGGGUUUCCCGGACGACGUGAUCCAGUUUGCACGCCACCACCCGCUGAUGUACAACCCGGUCUACCCGAUGACCCGGAGGCCCAUCUUCGUCCGGACCAAUGUGGAGUACAGCUUCACCCAGAUCGCCGUGGACCGGGUGAACGCCGCCGACGGACAGUACGACGUCAUGUUCAUCGGCACAGACAGAGGAACAGUCCUAAAGGUGAUCAAUGUCCCCAAGGAAAGCUGGAACAACAUGGAGGAGCUCUUACUGGAGGAGUUGGAGGUCUUUAAAGAUGCCUCGUCGAUCAUCAACAUGCAGAUUUCCUCAAAGCGGCAACAGCUGUACGUGGGCUCGGACACGGGGAUCGCUCAGGUGCCGCUGCACCGCUGCAGUGUGUACGGGAAGGCCUGCGCCGAGUGCUGCCUGGCCAGAGACCCCUACUGCGCCUGGGACGGGACGUCCUGUACUCGCUAUUUACCGAACAACAAGAGACGUUUCCGCCGGCAGGACGUGAGGAACGGAGACCCCAACACUCUCUGCUCUGGAGACCAUCAUAAGCACCGCGUUGCAGAGAGGAAACUGUUCGGAGUCGAGGGAAGCAGCACUUUCCUGGAGUGUAUCCCCAAAUCGCUUCAGGCCAGGGUCACGUGGACCUUCCAGAAACAUCCGCAGAACCCCCGGGAAGAGGUUCGUCUGGACGACCGCAUCCUGCAGACGGACCGGGGUCUUCUGAUUCGACGUGUCCUGAAGAGAGACGUCGGCAUCUACCAGUGCCACGCCAUGGAGCACGGCUUCACCCAAACACUGCUGGGCAUCACCUUGGAAAUCGUACCUUCGACAUCCCCCUCCACUUCCAACCUGCCCUCUGAUGCCCCCGUUCGAUUAGACCCCCGCAGCGGAGGUGGGCCUCCGAUGACCAAUCAGAAGCUGUGGUACCGGGACUUCAUGCAGCUGGUCGACCACCCGAACCUGAGCACCGUCGACCAGAUCUGUGAGCAGGUUUGGGCUCGUAAGAACGCGGGCGGCGAGCAGGCGGACAAGACUUUUGCUGCUCAAGGGAAGGAGGCCCCUCCGGCGGGUCCCGCGGUGCGGCCGGCUAACAAGAAGUGGAAGCAUCUCCAGGAGAUAAGGAAGGGGAGGAACCGCCGAACCCACGACGGGAAGCCGAACCCCAGAGCGCCGCGCAGCGCGGGCGAGUAAGGACGGAGAGAGAGAGAGGCGGAGGGAGGGAAACACAAGGACUGAUACUGGAAGACAGGAGGAGACUGAUGGGUAAAGACUGAGACCUGGAACUCCUGGAGGUGUACACAAAACACACACACAAACACACACAGAUACACAUACACACACACACACACAGCACCUCCUAUCUUGUGUAUAUUUAUCAAUGGAUGCCCCCACUUUGCGGAACCCCGAUCCCCGAGUCCUCGUCCCAUUGGCCAGCCCCUGCAUGUGCUGCCUUACUGCCCAAAGUGAUUCUGCACGAUCCCUUUACACUGUUCCACUAGAAUAGUCGAUUGUACGAGCAGAGCUGUGGGAGUAACCCCGCCUCUAUCUGUGGGCCGUAAACCUGCACCCACCUGUGAUUCCCUUCGCCACUGACUCGGUACGGAGGACGUCCGCAGAGCAGAGGAUGUUUAUAUCUCUGCCUCCCAUAAACCAGCGACACAUUCAAGGUGGUUGAUGGAUCACAAUAUGCAUAUCUACCCUGGACUACACCACUCAUCGGCAAGAACUUUCCUCACCACUUUUGUUUUUUUUCUUACCUGAAGAUUUUAAAACAAGAAGAGCGGACUGGAGGGAUGUGUGUAAGCAAGAGGAAGAUGUAGCAACAAGACAACUGGAACAUACUGAAGUGAUGGUCUGUAACUGGAAA